AUUUUUUAAAGGCCUGCUACAGCUCUGUCUGCCAUAUUUUCGCGCCAAUGCUAUUUUAGAAGCCCUUCGAAAUGCACGAUGGGACGACAGUCGAAACUUGUUGCGCAUGCGCAUAUUGUGCUGAUUCACACAAGAUGGCGGACUGGGAUGAUGAAAAGUUUGAGCCGGGUGAAGUUCCCGCCGAUGGUGUAACAGAUAAAUGGGAAGGCGAGGAUGAAGAUGAUGAUAUUAAGGAAAGCUGGGACGAUGAAGAUGAAGACGAAAAGAAAGAGGAUGAAGCGAAAAAUACUGAAGCUGCUGCGCCCAAAAAGAAGAAAACACUCAAACAGAUUCUGAAGGAAAAAGAAGAGCAAAAACUUUUAGAGGAAAAACGGAAAGCUGAGGAGAAACAAAAGCUAGAAGAGGAAGACAAAGAACUAACCCCAGAAGAACAAAUGGCUGAAAAGCUUAGAAGACAAAAAAUUGUAGAAGAAUCAGAUUUAUUGGUAGCAAUGGAUACAUUUGGUGUUGGUACACAGGAGGAAGCUUCUCGGACAGGAUUGGAUUCCAUGAUACCUUCCACCAAAGAAGAAUUCACAGAAUACAGUAAAUUACUGGUAGAAAAAUUAACCAAGUUUGAGACCAAUCCAGAAUAUAUCCCAUUUUUAGAAGCAACUCUUAGAGAAAUUUGUGUUAGCUUGGACCCAGAGGAUAUAAAAAAGCUUUCUAGUACUUUGAAUAUGUUGCAGUCUGAAAAAUUAAAAGCACAAAAGGGUAAGAAAGCAAAAUCUAAAGCAACUAAGAAAGCCACACUAACUGGGGGCGCAAAGAUGGGAAGAAAAGAUGAAAUGGACUACUCAUAUGGGGAUCUUGGAAACGAGUAUGAUGACUUCAUGUGAUUGACAUUGCAAAUAUGGCUAGAGAUUAGAACUGAAUAAUAUGCUGGCUUUAAUGCCAGGUUGGUGUAUAUUGUUGUGACAAUGAAUGUUGUUCACUAGCAAAGUAGGAAGUGCAGGCUACCGAGGUGUUAGUUUACCUGCAUGUGAAAAUCAGUACAAAGAGUUGCUUUUGCUAAGUGCAAGUUACCUUUUCUUUUGUGUAAUUUUCACAAAGGCGAGCUCUUAUUUAUGUCAUCACUGCAUGCACUAGGCUACCCAUGCUAGUAAAUCUUGGCCUUUAAAGAAUGCAGAUCAACCACUCCUUUAUUAUUGUUUAUAAUGAAAAACUGUUUUGUUGUGAUUCUAACUAAAGGCACAUAUGCAUUAUUCCUGCAUAACUUUAGAGUAUAUGACAACAGUAGCUACAUCCAAUGCGGAUUUGUAUACUAUGAUGUUGAUCCUUUAACUUUUUUUUACUUUGAUGUAGAUGAUGAUAAAAAAUAACGGACAGCUUAUGUAAUUUGUGUCUUUGCUGUAUUUUUUGGGCAAAGAAUGACCAGCAAAGUCUAUCAGUAUUUGAUUUUGGUAAAUUUUACUUGUUAUGCCUUUUAUUGGAGAAGAAAAUUCUAUUUUAUUUUAUGAAAGAGCUGUCAUUAGUACAUUGCUUUUUCACAUUUGCACUUGAUAGAACAAUCUGCAGUAGUCAUUACAUGUUUAGCUUUUGGGUUUCUGUUAUCUAAAAUUUUGAUUUUAUUCUACUGUACCAUCUCCAGUUAUCAGGCAAGAAUCAGUAUUGUUAAUAAAUUCUGGAAGAACAUGUUAAAUUUUUCAAAAUAAACUAACUUCUAGAUCCCUGUAAAACCUGUAAAACCCUCAAGUAAAAUAAACGAUAUUAAUUGA